GGGCGAGGCUCGGUCAAAGGGCGCGAUCGAUGCUUUGAUCAGAUCGACUCCGACCACACGUCCAUCCGGGCCAAAAGGCACAAUCCUGCCCCCGCACGCUUUACCGCCUCAUCUACCACCCAUCUCACUGCUCUGAGACGAGGCCCAAUCUAACACUCUAGCCCCUCAAGUCGCGCAUAGAAGUACCUCGAGAGGGCUCCUCUCAUCUUGGUCAAGUCGUCUGGGGCAGCAAUUGUGCGAUGCAAGUAUCGGCACAUUGGACGCAGCAGAUGGCAGCACCAUCACAUGGACAGCCGCAACCCGGCGCAUUCCACCUUGCCCAGUCGAGUCCCCAACAACAACAACAGCAGCAGCAGCAGCAGCAGCAGCAGCAGCAGCGACAUAAUGAUGGGUCCGGAUCCUUCUUCUUACAGACAUCUGAGCCGAUGCAGUGGAGCUCCCCGAUGCAACUGAUGCCGUCGAUGUCACAGCCAAAUUUCGGCACGAUGCAGCAGCAACAGCAGCAACAGCAGCAACAGCAGCAACAGCAGCAGCAACAGCAUCAACAACAUCAGCAGCAACAUCAACAGCAACAACAGCAACAGCGGCUUCAUCAGCAUCAACUACAGCAGCAGGAGCAGUUGCACCAGCAACAAGUUGAGCAGCAGCAGCAAUUAGAGCAGCAGCACUACGCCCAAAUCCAGCAACAGCAGCAACAGCAACAUCAGCAGCAUCAGCAACAGAACUACCGCCACCAACAGCAACAGGCAGCGAUGCAAGCGAUGCAGCACUCGAUGCAAGGCCCCUCGAGAGCGUCCAUGGGCCAACAGGCCAGUCAUGGCGAGCAGCACGUCUUCAGAGCGUUCGGCCACUCACCCUCUAUUCAACAGCAACAGCAGGAACAGCAGCAAGAACAGCACUCUUCACCGACGACACCCGACAAGUCGAGGGAAUAUGAUGUCAAAAAGAUGCUGCAUCUCUACAUGCACGAUUACUGCCUCAAGAACAACUUUGGCAAGACUGCAAAUGCGUUGGCGAGCGACACUGGCGUCAGGACGGAGGAGGGCGUGCCAUUCGGCUCAGGUUCCAAAGACGGUGUGCUCUCCGACUGGUUCAAAGUCUUCUGGGAGAAUUACCUUGGUUCUCAGCUCUCGAUGCCUGACCGAACGGCCUCGGAGCAGAGCAAGAUUGACCGCGCCACCAAGCUGGCAUUUCUUGCCAACCGACAGGGCGGCCUUCAAUCUGCGUCGCCGAUGUUCCCACAGCAGCCGGAGCAGGGGGCACCGCUGGGUGGCGCUGCCAUGCGAAGAAUUGAGUCCGAGCCCGUCAGUCGGCCGCCAUCGAGCAAUGGGUCCACCAUUCAACAGCACCAGCUCCAAACGACGCCGAAGAAGCCGACGCCGGGCUCAGGUGGCCAACAGUCGAUGGUGCCGAGUCAAGGCACCCCGACUUCCAGUCGAAUGCCUCCAACCAAUGCAGAGAUCAGCUUCUUCAUGAACCAGCUCGGCUGGGGCAACCGAGCCAUCAACCACCUUGCUUCGUACGAGAGAGACCGUCUUGUGGCCCUCGUCAACAAGUCGCGGCUUCAUCAAGCAGACGCCCAGCACCGCCUCUACGAGCUGCACAAAACCUCACCCAGCGGCCCAGCGGCAGCCAUGCGCGGGCCAAGCGGCAGCGUGUUCCAGCAGUCGCCCAUCAAUUCGCCGCCAGACCUUGAACCCGGCCCUGGUCCUGGUCCUGGCCCUGGCCCCACGCAGCCCUCGCCGGGGGCCAACAAGCGAAGGCGAUCAUCGAUCAAUGCGCCCUCUCAGCACGCCUUUCAAGCCAUGGCCACGCCCAUGUCUCACAGCCAGACAUCGCUGGGCUUGGCCCCCUCGCUGAUGGCUGUCAGCCCGCGAGGAGAGCCGAGCAAUGGCAACGCGGGCAUGUCGGCAGCCGCUGCCAUGCGUGAUUUCGAGCAGCAACAGCAGCUGGCGCAAAGCCUCAAAGCGCAAAGUCAGAGCAUCAUCGGCCGGCAACAGCAGCAGCAGCAGCAGCAGCAACAACAACAUCAACAGCAGCAAGGGAGUCCCACGGUCCAGCAGGCAGCUUCACUCUCAAUGUCGGCCUCGGGUCGCUCAAUCUCUGGGCCGGGCCCUGUCGGCGCGUCCCCUACCGCCAUGGCGAGAUCCCAGAGCCAGAGCCAAGCGCAGAGUCAGGCUUCGACGCAAGCAGAUAGCAUGAUUGGAGCGCAGAUCAACAAAAUGCUGCAGCAGCAGCAGGCCAGGGGAGCCGAUAAUCCCAGCAGCUCUUCGAGUAUGGCGCAGAUUGUGCAGCUCAAGAAGCUUCAGGAGAAGAACAACGCACGGCCCAAGACUGCGUCGAGCUCAGAGCAUGCGGACGAAGGCGAAGGAUCCAAGGAUGAGGCCAUGCAGGUCAGUCCAUCUACAAACAUGGGCGAAAGUCAGCAGCAGCAGCAGCAGCAGCAGCAGAGGCAACAGCAGCAACCCAAGCCACCGAGCACACCAAAAAAUGCGAAGCGCGGACAGAAAAAGAACAGCGUCUCGUUGGCAUUGCAGGCAACGACAAUGACCAAGGGCCAGGGAAGCAUGGGUCCACCUCCGUCGCCCUCAACCAGCCUCCAGCAGCAGCAGCAGCAGCAAUUAUUCCACCAGCAUCAGCAACCAGUCCACUCCCAGCAGCAGCGAUCAGGUGCACCGACGACCGUGAGCAUGACCCCGCCUACAUCUGUCAGUCAGGGACUGCCGACCACGCCGAAUGGUCUAGCGACGCCAAUUACUCUGCAAGGUAGUCAGGCAAGCGGCAUCUCUGUUCCUAGCCCCAUUGCCGGGCUGGGCGUCAUGGGCGUCAGCGGGGGACCGUCAGCGAUGAUGGAGUCGAGCUUCGACAUGUCGGGCGACUUUGGCUUGAGCAACAGCUUCGCGGACCCUACUUUGUCGUCAUCGUCGUCGGCUCAGCCGUCGGACGGUGUCAAUGGCGAGGCAAAUGCGGGCAAUGCGCUGGGCAUCAACAGUGACCUCGACUUUGACUGGCGCAAUAUGCUCGCCUGAUUGGCGUAGCGAGAUCCUCUUCGGUCCCGCCCUGGCGACCUCUUGACUUUCCUUUCCCCUUAUUCACACCUUGCACGCAUACCUUCCUGGACCACAUUCACCCACACGCACGUCCGCCCCCUUGUCCUCUUUCCCCUUUCUUCCAUUGUAUAAGUAGUAAAAGGUACUGUACCAUGUCGUCUAACAGGGUUCAGCAGUCAUUGAAAACCAUCUCUUUCCUCC